CGCGAGCGCGCGCACGGCCGAGGGGUGGGGCACGCCGUCGGCCUUGCAAUAACUGCGCAGGCGCGGGCAGGGGCUGUCCUUUUUGAGGAGCCGGCAAGAUGGCGGAAGUGGAGCAGAAGAAGAAGCGGACAUUCCGCAAGUUCACCUACCGCGGCGUGGAUCUGGACCAGCUGCUGGACAUGUCCUAUGAGCAGCUGAUGCAGUUGUACAGUGCGCGCCAGCGGCGGCGGCUGAACCGGGGCCUGCGCCGCAAGCAGCACUCACUGCUGAAGCGCCUGCGCAAGGCCAAGAAGGAGGCACCGCCCAUGGAGAAGCCUGAGGUGGUGAAGACGCACCUGCGGGACAUGAUCAUCCUGCCUGAGAUGGUGGGCAGCAUGGUGGGCGUCUACAACGGCAAGACUUUCAACCAGGUGGAGAUCAAGCCCGAGAUGAUCGGCCACUACCUGGGGGAGUUCUCCAUCACCUACAAGCCGGUUAAGCACGGCCGGCCCGGCAUCGGUGCCACCCACUCCUCCCGCUUCAUCCCCCUCAAGUAGCCUGCUCAGCCAAUAAAGACACUUCUUUAGUCCUAA